AUGGCUCCAAAAAUCUCAUUGCUCUUUCCGGCCAUGACUGCUCUUCUUCUUCUUGUCCAGAGUACUCAAUCCCAACAACCCGAACCCGUAAACGAAUUCUGCAAAACCGCAAGCCACAAAGAACUCUGCACAAAAAUGGUGAAUGGCUCAAAAACCAUGCAUGAUGCAUCCAAAAACGCCAUGGAAAACACACUUGUUGCAGCCAAGAAACUCCAAUCGAUUUCCAAUCUGAUUCCACCUGCACUUUCCAGCAUGCGAGCCACAACGCAAGAAUCGAUUCUAGCCACCUGCCAGGAUAAUUUUGACAAUACAGUAUACGAUCUCGAGACGAGUUUGGAGUCGCUAGAGAAGAAAGACCAAGGCACAUUGUUGACGUAUUUGAGUGCAGCAACUAUCAGUGAUUGCACUGAUGCAUUUGAAGAAAUGGGUGCUGAUGUGCCGCCGGCAUUGAGCACCGAAAUGGAUUAUGUGUUCAAAUUAGUAUCAAAUUGCUUGGCUGUUGUGCAGCAAAAAUGA